AUGUGCGUGGAGGAACCUUCGAAUUUUGAGCACGUAGAUAUCGACGAGCCACAAGUAACCUCGGAAGACCCGAAUGAGAGAAAAUUGGCGAGAAAACUCCGAAUUGAAAGGAGAUGGACCGUCAUCAGAAGGACGAUAGAACCAGACGUGGAAGUUCUUUCACACAGAUCUCCCGUUCAGGUACAAGUCGCGAAAAGCGCCGAUAUUUUGGAAAAGUUCCUGCAAGAAGCAGACGAGUAUGUUUCCAAUGUUCGGGUUGCCAAUGAUGCCAGAGAAGUUGACAGAAGAGAGACCGAAGGAAUAGGGAGAGAAAAAGUUAUAGCCCAAUUGGAGGCUGAGGCUGAAGCAGCUAAACAGAUGUUUGAGGAAAUUGCAAUAAAAUGGUCAGUAAUUCAGAAAUAUAAUGAUCCUCUUCACAUAAACGAAGACGUAGUCAAUCAGAAAGAAAAGUGCGAUGCAUUGGUGAAACAGAAAGAUGGUAUUAUCGCCAUGCUGAGAGAAGAACUGAAAAAUUCAGAGAAGAAAUUCACGAAGGAUCAGAAAAAGCAAACCGAAGAUAUACAUAUUUUAACUCAGAGAAUAGAAAAGCAAAUAACAUUCAUGCGGAGUGCUUAUCAAAAUGAAUUCGAGUUGAUUGAGGAAGUAAUUGCAGCAGAAAGGCAAAAUUUCAUAGAUUCUCAUAACAGAAAAUGGGAAGAGCUAUAUAAAAAGAGGCAACAGGAGGAGAUAAAGAACUCUGAUAAGAAGUUUGAACAGCUGGAACACUUCAACAAAAACAUGAACAGGCUGCGUAUCGAUUUCCAAGAAAAGUUCAGGGAAACGAAAAUCAAACUCGAGAAUAAUAUAGAAAAUCUACAGAGAGAACUCGAAAGAAUCAAGGCUUUGGCUUUACUCAACAGCGAGAAACUAGAUUACAACUACCAGAUUCUCAAGAAGCGAGAAGAUGAAAAUAUCAUCAUCAAAUCACAGCAAAAAAGGAGGAUGAAUAAGCUUCAAGAUGUCAUCAACGACCUCAGGAAGAAGAUAACAGAUCACGAAACUACAACAAAUAAUAGACUCAAGAAAUUCAGCGAUGACAUCAAGAAAUUGCACAAAAACAUAUUGGAAGUAGAAGCAAAAGCUGAUCACUUCGCAAAAGUUAAUGACGAUAACUUCCACCAAAUCUGGGAAAUGAAUAGAGCCAAUUGCCAGAAAAUUCUAACGAAAAUUUUGUCAACCGACAAAAUUUUACACGAACAACAAAUGGGAAUGGUUUGGGUCCAACCACAACAGAAUUUGAUACAAAAAACUGCCUUACCAAGCUAUAAAGAUGCCUUGAAUGUUUUGGAUAGUCUUGCGCCAACUGCUAGUAAUAAGCCAAGUAUUAGUACACUUUCCGAUAUGGGGCAGAAAUCGAGAAAACAUACGAGUGCCGAUUUCGAAGAAAAUAAAACAAAAACACCACAUCAAUUAGAUUUGAAUCCCCAAUACAGAAAGUUGCUCAAGUACAUAUUGACUCUAGUGUCUGAAAAAUCAGGCUUUCUCACAGAAAACCGAUUGAAGUCGCUGAUAAAAAUGUACGAAGACGACCAAAAAACCUUGGUCAGAUUGGAUAGCGUUUUUGGCGCGUUGGGGAUACAAAGAGACGGCGAUAUCGACCUUUUGGUCAAAUACUUUUUACCCUAUUGUUACUGCCCAGUGUGUGCUGGGCAAGAUAAUGCUCAAGAUUCUGCGAUGUCCAGGUACGCAUCUCAAGUAUCCCAUUUAUCAUCUGCGUUCAGCAGAAUUGGUAAUGAUGAAGACUUCAUCGAAAUCGUCGAGUUGAACCAAGCUUUCAGCGCUAUACAACAGCCGUACCAUGUUAUCGAAGAAGUUGUUAUGGACUUAGUUACAUCUGAUAUGUACAUGGAAGACAAAGAAAUUAAUCAAGAUUCUCUAGAUGGGCCAGAAAAAUUAUGCGCAGUAGUUGUUUCAGAUCAGUAUUCUCCGGAUGUUAAAGACAAAAAACAGACCAAGAAAAAGACGUUCAUAAUGGAGGAUAAAGUAUUGUGUCAAUACAAUCAUCCUCUUGUGCUGAACUCUAUUUACAUUUUAGUAGCUUUGAAAGAUUUCGUGAUUGCUUAUUAUAAGCAGAACGAAGGCUUUCCUACAACUCGAGCGAGAUUAGAAAGAAAAAGGCACACUAUCUCUAGAUUACUCAAUAUAAAUGAUAUAAAGAUGUUUUGGGAAAAAUACAAAACAGUUUUCAAUGAGGAUCGUAUCAGAGUUUGGGAUGCCCUUUUAGAAGGUUUGAAACAUUACCAUGAAAUUUUGAAGGAGCGCAAGAAUAUGUGCGAAGAGGUGGUUGAGUUACGAAAACAGAACAACGAUUUGAAGAAACUCUUGGCUAAUUAUAUUGACCAUGGUGAAUUCAUGAGUUCUCCUUGUACACUAGACAAAGGACACCGUUUAAUUGCUUCACCUCCUAUAUUUUCUGAUGCAAAAAGGAAAUAA